UCGCUGUCGGGCCAGGGUGAGGGAUCGGUGGCCAGGCAAAGGUCUGCGUAGCGGAGAGAGAUGAGCCCCGAGCUGGAACCCAGGAUGUCCCGGAAGAAAACGUGGAAUGAAAUGAAAAGUCAGUGAUCAGGGGCCUUUGCCACCAUUGGAGGUCAGGCUCAACUGACUCAUGAAGGCAGGACAAGAACAUCAGCCCCCGCUGAGACCAAGAUGACCUCACCCUCUGGGCACUGCCUCCUUCUGAUCAUCGCCCUGGGCAUCUUUGCCUUCAGCCGCUUCUCAGAGGCUCAGAUGAACAGCACGCUGAUUUUCACAAAGGAACACACCAUUCGGAACUGUAGCUGCCCUGCAGACAUCCAAGACUGUGACUACAGCUUGGCCAACCUGGUGUGCAGCUGUAAAACCGUCCUUCCAUACUCGGUAGAGCAGACCAGCUAUCAUGGCCAUCUCACCAUCUGGUUCACAGACAUAUCUGCACUGGGCCUCCUGCUGAAUUUCACCCUGGUCUGGGACCUCAAGCUCUCUCUGUGCAGUGCAAACACUCUCCCCGAGGAGUACCUGGCUAUUUGGGGUCUGAAGAGGCUUCGCAUCAGCACAGAAGCCAAACAUCGGUUCCCGGAGCAGAGCUUACUCAUCCAUGGCGGGGACGAGAGUGAAUCCAGAGAGAAGCCCAGGUUUAGGCACAAAGACUGGCAAACGUGUAUGUAUGUCUCAUUCUUAGAUAUGGCUCUUUUCAACAGGGAAUCGUCCUUACGAUCAUACAGUAUUGAAAAUGUCAUCAGCAUCACCAACAGCUUUCCCUACCUCGCUUACUUUAAAACGAUCCCACCUGCGAGCAACAAAAGCUACGUUGUCACCUUCAUUUACUAAUGCCAAACCCCAAAACGUUGACAAACUGUGAACCAUUUGACUAAGGAGUUGGGGAAUAUGGAAACAAAGCAGAUCCCUCCACCCACAACUGCCUUGGAUGCCCUUGCCACCCAACCACAGCAUAGCCCCAUACACCAACAAGCAACCCUCUACUAUACCUCUGUGCUCAACUGGGGGAGCUAUUUUGAAAGACAAAACAGAAAGAAACCACAAAACCAACAUAACUGAGUUUGGAAACAUGUCCUGAGUGCCAGCCGGAAGCUAGAUCUUUGCAUAAGGAAGUCUGGAGGACUAACUGUUGGCCAGAAAGCAGAGAGAGCCGUGCACAGCAGGAACUGCCUGCCAACCUAAGCCUGGGGGACGGGCCCAGGGAAGGCAUGGGGACCUUACCGUCCUCUACAGUUUUGCCUUCGUUUGUUUUGUUGUCGCUUGUUGUUUUUUGGUUGUUUGUUUUUAUGUUUCACUUUGCCCCUAAGGAGAGAAUAAUACAUUUCAAUAGAAAUGGUUGAGUUCCAACAAGUGAUCCAAAUCGGUGGUGAGGAGGUUGUGGGAGGCCUGGUAGGGCAUGAUCAAGGGUAAUGUAAC